AAGUUUCUCCCAUCGAACCUGUCGAUUGUCAAAGGAGCUAAAUUUAGAUCGUCCAUUUGUACGCCCGUGGGGCAGAAAGGACGUUUCGCUGCUUUCCUUGAAGAUUCGAUUCUCUCGAUCUCGCGGAGGAAAGAUCCUUCAGCCAGAGUUUCAUUGUCAAUGCUCUGCAGCAGCAGCGAAGAAGUUUGAGUCCGACGAUCUUACUGAAUUUUGGAGGCUUCGAGUAGAGGGCGAUGGCAGACCACGGUGCACCGCAUUUCCACUCUCAUGACACAGACAUGCACCCUCACGAGCACACCCACGAUGAGCAAGAGCACCAUCAUCAUGAACACGACCAUUCCUCGAAGGAUGAAUGGAAAGGUGCUGACGGAAAGAUAUACCACUCACACGAUGGUUUAGCUCCACACACCCAUGAACCAUUAGAGUCACCAGGAUUUUUUAGUCGACGAGCGCGUCCUAUAACGUCUCGGGACUUCAAGGAGCGUGCUUUCACCAUUGGCAUUGGCGGACCUGUUGGCACAGGGAAAACUGCGCUUAUGCUUGCGUUGUGUCGAGAGUUGAGAGACAAGUACAGCAUAGCUGCAGUUACAAACGACAUUUUUACAAAAGAGGAUGGUGAAUUUCUGGUGAAAAACGGUGCCCUUCCUCCAGAGAGGAUUCGUGCAGUGGAGACAGGAGGAUGUCCACACGCUGCUAUUCGUGAAGAUAUAAGUAUCAAUUUGGGACCCCUAGAAGAGCUGUCCCACCUGUUUUCAGCAGAAAUUUUACUUUGCGAGUCUGGAGGAGACAAUCUGGCUGCGAACUUCAGCAGAGAGCUAGCAGACUACAUCAUCUACAUCAUAGAUGUUUCUGGAGGUGAUAAAAUUCCUCGCAAGGGUGGUCCCGGCAUAACGCAGGCAGAUCUUUUGGUGAUCAAUAAGACGGAUCUGGCAGAAGCAGUUGGAGCAAACCUGAAAGUAAUGGAGCAAGAUUCGCUCCGCAUGCGUGACGGUGGACCAUUCGUUUUUGCUCAAGUGAAGCACAACAUUGGAGUUUCUGAAAUCGUAAAUCACAUCUUGUCAGCUUGGGAAGAAGCUACUCAUCAUAAAAGGCGGUAAUGGUGAAGGAGCACAAUCGGCACUCAGUUUAAUGUAUGUGACUAGGAGAUGAAUCUUCUGUCAUCAGCACGUCUGUGUAUUUUCAGUCAGGAAGAUUAAUUGUAGGAAAGUGGGGCUUUCCUCUUCUUUGUUGAUAACUUGCGAAAUUCAAUGGCUACUCAACUUUCUCAAUCUAGAACAUCAAUGUGUAGCACUUUGAUGAUUGAAUAUCACAUGGGAUUCAACUCCUUGGUCUUAGAGUUUAGUAUCAUAGCUAUGAUAAUCAAUAUUGACAUUUAAGUCAAUCAAGUUGACUUCACAGCAUAGCUAUCUACCUAAUGACAUAUUUUUUACAUAUGAUAGACGGUAGGAAGAACUUGACAAAGACGAUUGUGGAUUGAUUUAGAGAUGUUGCAGUAUGGUUCCAAAGUGAAGCCUGUUCGGCUUUUCGAACUUCUUUUAUUCCACAUUAUAACACGUUGGACUGUGCACGCCUCGACUUCAUCUGAAGCUGUCCUGAUUGUCAGAAGCUGAUGUACCCAUAACCCUAGGAGUUGGAAGAAGGAAGCUUCCUGGAGGCUUUCAAGUGUCUAAACAACGAAAUUUCUUCGGGAAGGUUUUUUUUGUUUUUUGUUUUUUUAAUUCUUAUAUAUGUACACAUCAUC